CGUGUGUACACGCUAAUGCAACCCAACCCACCUUUACUUUAGGAGGUAGGUGCUGGGAUUUUCCAGCCUUAGCAACUUCGUCAAAAGCUUCGGUUUUCAAUUCAAUAGCUCCUACCGGUCGCAGCCUUCUAAUAUUUUAUUUUACUAAUUGAACGAUUUUUUCGCUCCUUUCGAAACACUCAACUACCCCAGGUGACGAGCAGCCUCCAUCACUCGUAUCAAGUCCUAUCUUUCGAUAUGGAUUAUCGAUCGCCCUCGCGAGGCCGUAACGAGUCGCGUUCUCCUACCCCGAAGUCGCGUUAUACACGAUCGCCUUCGCCAGUUCGACGACGUCGAUCUCCUACGAGAUCGCCAUCCCCCGCCUCCCGUCGCAAUGGUAGACUUCGCAGCGAUAGUAGAAGCUUAAGUCGCGAUCGUGACGACCGGGGCAGGAGUGAGAGUCCACUUCGAGGCAGUACUAAGAUAGUCGUGGAGAAACUCACGAAAACGAUCAACGAGGAUCACCUGCGCGAGAUCUUUGGCCAGUAUGGUCCUAUCAAGGACCUAGACAUGCCUAUGAACCGAAAACACAACACCAAUCGCAGUACAGCUUACAUCCUCUACGUUAAUGAAGCUGAUGCCGAGGCUGCUAUUGCCCAUAUGCACGAGGCUGUCCUCGACGGGGCUGUAAUCAAUGUUUCCAUCGUUUUACCCCGACGAAAAUUCUCUCCUUCUCCCCCGACUGCGAGCCGCGGCGCGAAUAUCGACCCUCGACUCCCCGCACCCGGUCCUAGAGUCCCUGCCAGAACUGGAGGUGGAAGAGGGGCUGGAUUCGGCGGAGGAAGACCGCCACGCUCACCGCCCCGUUUCGGUCGUUCCGGUCGUGAUAACUUCGACACCUAUCGACCACGAUCUUACUCUCGAUCUAGAACCCCGCCUACCCGUCGUAACCGCAGCCCCUCGGCUUCUUAUGGAUCUAGGUCUCGAUCUCCCCCAAGAAGGCGAGGCGGAAAGAGAGAUAGCUACAACGAUCACGAUAAUGACAGACGACGUAGCCCCAGCUAUGACAGCUUUCGAGGUCGUAGUCGUUCACGUAGCCGCGGAAGAGGAUAUCGUUAAACUUGGUAACUCAUCUUUUUUUUUUUUCCGCAUUGCGUGCUAGUGGGCGUUUGGAAGGAAGUAGGGAAUACCACACCAUGACAAGAGAUCUUCCUAUACGAGUGAGGAUAUUGACUGUCUAGCAAUUAGCUACGAACUUGGAAGCAGUUACGAUGUCUUGUUUUUUUUUCCCCUCUAAUUUCCGUGGCUACGACACGUUGCCUAAUAUGAACCUACAUACCUAACCAAACCUAACCUAACCUAGGGUUUUGUAUAUCAGGUAUAGGUAGUUAUGUAGCUCGUCAAGUAGCACAUUCCGAUGAUAAUGAGAUUGUUCCGACAAGAUUCCGGACUCCUUAACUAGAUCGUCAAGAAGUUUCCCCGAUACCUUGUUGCCUUAGCAAACAGACGCUUUCCCCAAUGACCAAUGCUAGUAUCAAUUCGUAGUGAUUUAUCAUCAAUUUUCACCUUCCAUUAUA